CAGCAAGACGCCUCAACCCAACGACUCCUUGCGCCGCGCGUUUGGCGCCACACCCUUCGCCGCCCAUGGCGCUCCCGCUGGCCGAGCCCCGAGGCUUGGGCCCGGCGCCUUCGCGGGACCCCCACAGAAAGCCGCGGGGCGCGUUUGGCGCGCGGCUCCGAGGCGGCGGCCGUCGAAUCCCCCGGAGGAUCGGCCUGGGAUGCUUGCUGGGCCUACAGGCCGGGACGAGAUCCGCAAACCUCGCCCUGCGCUCACGGAAGCACCGGAAGGAUGAACAGCAGGAUGCGGAGGCCAAAGAGGGCCCCUCGCAGCUGCAGAAGCUUGCGGAGGCCGUCUGGCAGGAGUGGGACAACUUCUGGUUCGGAGAGUACUGGAACCAGCCCAUCCCAGUGACCGUCAGCGCUUUCACCGUGCUCGGGGUGGUGGCGUUGCUCUACGGGGGCGAGUACUUCCUGGUGGAGCUCUAUCGCUCGGGGGCCUUCAACGGCUGAGCCCUAGUCCGGAGAUGGUGAAUCCCGCGACUCGAAUCGCGUGCAGAACGCCUUCUGCCCGUGAAGGUCGUCUUGCAGAGCUUUCGGAGAGCAUGGCUCUGAAAGAGGAAAGGUUGCUUCGGUGGCCUCCUACGACACUUGAAGGUUUCAGUGUAGUUUCUGAGUGUCCGGUUCA